CCCACACUCUCUAAUGGCGGACAAUCUUAUCAUGGAACAUCGCGAGGAGUCGUUAAUUUCUCCGAUCACUGGUCUCCCAUCUCACAGACUCGCUCAUUUCCUCAAACCCUCGAUUACCUCACCGGAAGUCUUCGCCGCCGCCCCUUCUCUGGUUCCAUCUACCGCCGGAGCAGAAAAAUCGCCUCUGAAGUCCGCUUUCGUCGGGUGGAAAAUAACGCCGAAGGAGUGGACGAAAUGGGUGGAGGACAUGAGUUCCUCGCAUCGAUCGACGUGGGAGAGCGCCGGGAUUCUCGACGCUAUAAUGAGCUCCACAAUAACAAUACACCGAAACAAGGAUCUCAUCUUCGGUUUCCUUGAGAAAUGGUGCGAGACCACCAACUCGUUCGUUUUCCCAUGGGGAGAAGCUACUGUGACGCUCGAGGACAUGGCGGUGCUCGGCGGAUACUCUGUCUUGGGGGAGAGGGCUCUGAGCGCUUCCGAAAGAGGGGAAGUAGGGGAAGUAGAGAAGAAACUGCGGAAAGAGCGGUCGAUGGUUUCUAGAUGCAAAUCGAAGAAGCCGAUGGUGGGGCCAUGGAUGGAGAAAUUCAUGGGGAGCCAGAGCGAGAUCGAGCACGAAGCCUUUCUCGUGUAUUGGCUUUCGAGAUUCGUCUUCCCCAUUGCUUCCGGCAUUGUUAACGUAGAUAUGCUGUCCAUCGCCGCCCGCUUGGGUCGAGGGGCUAAAAUAGCUCUCGCGCCGGCGGUUCUCGCCGGAAUCUACCGGUCCUUGAGCUUGCUCAAAGCCGGCGUCAAUUUUUAUAGAAAAUCAGAGGUGGAGAAUGGCGCUGCUGUUAAUAUUUCAGUUUCGGCGCCAUUAGCGAUUGUCCAGGUCUGGAUAUGGGAGAGAUUCCCCAGUUUAAGCCCGACGCCGACGCCGACGCAGGUUGGGCUGAACAAGCGGAGAUUGUGUAGGUGGGGGGGUUUAAAGAAAGUGAAGGCGGAGAAUCUGUUGUCCGCCAUUGAUGCAGCUGGAGCAGAGUUUCUGUGGCGGCCGUACAAGGAAAAUGGCUUCCCUGAGAAGCUCUUCAAGGAUUGUGGAUAUUGGGCUUCAGUUGAUUCAGAAGCCGACGAGGACUUAGAAGGUUUGAUCCGCUGCUUGAGGACUAGCGAGCUCGUCGGACUUGGCUUCGACGCGAAUUCAAUAGAACAGUAUCUGCCACACCGCGUGGCAAUGCAGUUUGGACUCGAUCAGGACAUUCCGGGCCACGUCCCCCGAGUAAACGUCGACGCAAACAUUGCAUGGGCCGAUUUCACUAGACCGGUUAAAGAGUCGGAGCUUUAUAUACCCGGGCGCCUAUCCGAGCCACAGUGCACCAUCCGCUACGCGGAUUGGUGGAAAAAACUGAACGGGGGAUUCGUCGGUGUAAACGUUGAGGACGACGACUUUCCUCCGCCGCCCGGAUUCCCACCUAAGGGGAAGGGAAUCGUGGUUAAAAGGAAGAUUCUUGACCGCUCGAGUGGCAAGACUGUGGAUUAUUACACCCCAGCUUCUCCCGGUGGCUCUGCUCUGAAGAAGCGGAAUGAAUCCAAAGAGCCUAAUUCUGGCACGAAUGAAUCGGAAAAAGCUUCGGACCAAGUCUCCGGCGACUGCAGCCACCGCCGGGACGAUGAAAUGCACAGGAAGGACCCCUCAUCUUUUAGAGAUGAGGAUGUGGCUGAGCCUGGUGCAUCCACAAGAGUAGACGCGGGAGAAGAAGCAGGGGAUGCGUGGAAGGUGAAGAUGAUGGAGGUUAUCAUGGAUAGAAAUUGCCGGACUCCGGUGGAGAGCAGCAGCUUGUCCGACGCGGAAUUCGCAGAGCGAGUAGAACAGCGGAUUGGGCGGAUGGAAAGGCUGGUGGCUUCGCUGAAGUAGAACAGAAGUGAUCU